GCAGAACAAUCUGUCUGAUCACAAAUCGAAAGUGUUUCAAAGACUUCUGUUCCUGGUGCACAAGACCAUUUUACUACUGCAAGCACUGAAAUCAUCAACAGACAAAGAUCAUGGGAAAUAUCUUGGGUUUAAGGCCUAAGAUAAAUAUUGCUCUUAUUGGGAACACAGGAAAUGGCAAAAGCAGCACCGGGAAUAUGAUUCUUGGAAAAGAAGUAUUCGAAACUAAACUUUCUGCUUCAGCAGUUACAACUAAAUGUCAGAGAGAGGAGAACAUGGUUAAUAAUAAAAAAAUCACAGUUAUCGACACACCUGAUUUCAUUGACAUCGAUGAUCAUGAUGAAAAGAUUAAAUCUGAGAUCGUCAGAGCUUUGGCUGAAUGCCCUAAAGGCAUUCAUGCUUUUGUCAUUGUUCUAAAGGUUGGAAAAUACUCUACACAAGAAAAAAAGUUAGUGCAGGAACUUCGGAACACACUGAAUGAGGACGUCUUAAAACACACAGUGAUAUUAUUCACUCAUGGUGAGCAACUAGAUGGCCAGACCAUUGAAACAUUUGUGAUGACCAAUUCACAACUACAGGAGCUUGUCAAUAAAUGUGAAGGUCACUGUCACAUGAUCAACAAGAACGGGAAUGAGAAAAUAAAAAAAGCGGAGGUGACAAAAUUGCUGAAAACCAUCGACAAUAUGGUGCAAAAGAAUGGCUACUACAGCAAUAAGCUGCUUCAAAUUGUGGAGAAACAAAUUCAAGAAAAGAGCAAGAAGAAUGCACAGUUGCCAAAGGACAAAAUGUCUUCAGAAGAGAAACAAGAAAAAGCAAAGAACACUGUUUGUCAACUUCAGUGGCUCUUGGAAAAAGUAGCAAAAGGGGUAGUGGUCAGUGCUUUUCUGGGUGUUUGUCAACUAUUCAUUUCAGAACUUCUAGUAGCUUUUGUAGAAAAUAUUUGGGGCCAAGAAGCAUGUUCUUAUACCAAAUACAUCACUGAAGGUAGUAAAGCAGCAGUCAAAGGAGGUUUUUCUGAAUUUAAAGCAGCAUUUGCUGAUUCAAACAAUUAGAGAGCAAAGUAAUCAGGUGUUAUUGAUAAUGUAUUGAUGAUGAACUAAGGGGGGGCGGGGAUAUGUAUAAUGUAUGGUAUAAAUUAUGCAGCUGAAUUGCCUUAGUAUUUUCUUUUAUUCUUACUAUCUGUUUUUAUUUUUGCUGUUGUUUUUGUUGUGACUUUUUAGUAGCUUGUUUUAUUAUGUUCAGAGUUUUAUCUGAAUAUUUUGUUGAUUGUUACCAUUGUCAUGUUUCAUAGAGUCUUGAUGUUUGUGUUUGUCUAAAUGGAAUUUUUUGUUUUUUGUGCAUAAAAUCCUUCAGACUAUCUGUUCGUCACUAGAGCUAUAAUAAUUCAUAUAACCAAUGCUUUACUUUGUGAGAUAAGGCACAAAAAAGGUCAAAUGAUUGGCAGCAACGGCUUCCUAAAAAAAUUGUAAAAUCUAAGAAAAAUAUCUUAACUUUAUUUAAGUUAGGAUGCAAAACCUUUAUUUACAACUUUAUUAAACACUGUAAAAAAUGUACCGUAGAAUUUACAGGAUGUUACUGGCAAAAAAUUUGCCAAUAAAAUCUUGUAAAAUGAUGUUAACUGCUGUAAAAUGGAUUACAGUAUAAUACUGCAAAGCAAAUCACAGUUAAUUGCUGUAUGUGAAAUACAGUAAUAUGUAGUAUUUUUUACAGUAACAUUGAAUUAAACUUGUAGUUUAUAUUACAGCAAUAUUUUGUAAUCUCGCUAAAGUACAGUAUUUACCUACAGUAUUUCAAUAUAAAAUGUAAUCUAAAAUACAAGUUUAUCAAAUGAUUUACAACAGAAUUAAUAAGAAUUAAUACAUUACAUAAUAUAAUCAGCUUUAGAGAGUCUUGAAGCAUCAAACAUUUCUCCACAUCAGCUGCUAUUCUUUGCACCUACAAGAAAUAAUGAAAAUUAUCUUGUGAUUUAAAAAAAAAAAAAAAUGCAUUUACAUAAAUGAGACCAAAAUGAACACCCAAAAAGGCAUAUAUUUUAAAAUUAACUUUUACAUUUGAUUAAUAAAUUCAAUUAUAACAAUACAUUGUAGAACUGUACCACCAAUCAAAUUAAAUAAUUUAUAAUGCAUAAUUACAACUGUGUUAUGACAUUAAUGUUGUACAUAAAUUUUUGAAAUUACAAAUAAGAAACGUUGUGGACUUCCGGUUAUGGAGUGGUACUGAGAAGAUGCGAGUUAACGUCCCUCCUAUAAUUUUGAAUAUAAAUCCUUCAAGCUCACUUAAAAUUUUUAUACAUCGAAAAAGAACAGAACUCAAGAAAAAGUGAAUAACGAGGCUCAAGAGAUGUCGCAGGAUUCUGACUACGCAGACGAACUAAAGGAGGUAGAGGAAGAUGACGACAGCGAAUCUACUAAAGGAACCGAGUUGAACCCCAGCAAUGCAGAUGUGUUACAAGCCAUUAAAGAAAUGGACAAACGAGUUACGAGUAAAAUUGACGAUGUUAUGUCAGCGGUCAAAGAGGUAAAGGAACGCGUGAAGGAGGCCGAGGAACGCAUUUCUGGAGCAGAAGAUGAAAUCGUUCAACUUAGUGCUCGUGCAAACUCCCUUGAAUCACAAGUUAAAAAACUGACAGAAAAGGUUGACGACAUGGAAAACAGAAACAGACGGAACAACCUGAGGCUGGUGGGUUUACCGGGAAAAAAAAGAAGGAAGCGAUGCGUGUGCGUUUUUAGAGGCCUGGAUUCCAAAAAUAUUGGAAAUGGAUUCGAGCACAUCGUUAGUUUUGGAACGCGCACAUAGAGUGGGCCCACAACGAAAUAAGGAUGUUCGGAACACAAGACGGGAUGCCAGUGUACCACCAAGAACACUAAUAAUGAAGUUCCUAAACUUCAAACAAAAAGAAGCGGUGCUUAGAGUGGCCAGGUCCAAGGGGGUUAUUUCAUACAAGGAACACACUCUUCGCUUUCAUCCAGAUGUUUCGGCUGAAGUUCACAGGAAACAAAGAGCUUAUGAUGGAGUGAGACAGAAGCUGCGAGAGAGAGGAAUCGGUAAACACAGGAUCAUAUACCCCGCUUGUCUGCUUCUUACUCACCAGGAGAAAUCAAGGGUGUUUUUUACACACCGGAGGCGGUCGAAAGCUUCAUUGAAGGAUUAGAGACAGAAUACAGGUGGGCUCAAUCCAGCUGGACUAUUAAAAUCCUGAAUGUAGGUUUAAAAUAACCAUAAACUAUCCCUUUUGUUGCGGAAACUCGAUAGUGAAUCGAGACCAAUUUGAAAAUAAGUAUGUUCAGAUAUUAUUGUUCUCUGAAAAUGUUAAAAAGUGUGUUUAUAGUUUAAUAUAAUAUGUGAGAGUAAUGUUACAAAUAGGGUUGUGAUGAUAAAUAUAGACGCAGAAGUACCUGAUAGUUCCUCACGGGUGUGUGGACCAAUCAGCGCCAUAUAC